GCGGUGACGGCGGUAUGCUACGCGAGCAAAACGGGAUUUUGGUUGGGCGACCAGCGACAAACUGCCGGAAGAUGAUUAUGUUUUCCCCUAUGUUGCUGGAUGUUAUUCCACCACGCCCAGGUCCAUACCAAUGAUCAUUUUGUACAACCAUCUGCGACAUUGUCGUCCUCUUCACCCAUGACAUGUUGCGUUCGCAGCAACAGCCGAACAAUGAUGCCUCCUGUGCAGCACAGGUCGCCAAUCGCUCCUUGGUUGCAACAUCGCUCACUUUCUUCAUUGCUGCUUGCGUAGCUUGCACGGCGACUUGGUCGCGACACUCACUCUUGACUGCCUCGCUCUCCUGGGUUGUCCUUUUCACGUACUGCAUCACUCAACCAGGCGCCACUCCACUGCUUUCGGCAUCACAUCAGCAGGCGCCUGCCUUUGCCGCCGGAGCCCUUUUUGCCGUUGCGCAAUUGUGCGAGCGUGCAUUGGAAGAUGGAAGCAUUUGGUGGGCAAAGGCUUUACUACCGGUCCUGGUCUACGCAUCCGUUGCAAAUGGCAUGGUCCACGAUGUCGCCGUUGUGCGCACCCCAUCUUUAAAGGCGAGAAGUGCCUCAGUGCGAAAGGCUUCAAUUUACGGCUCGCCGAUGAGCAUUGCCAUCAUCACUCUCGCAGGUCUGGUCGCCUUGGGAACUUCAUUGACUACGACAAUCUCGCUCUCUAGUAUUGCUCUCGGAUUGUCCUAUGCGUCGGUGCAAGUGUUGGCAUUAUGUCUUGUCGAGAGGGCACGUAAAGACAACCAGCAGAAGCUUGGUGCUGAGAGCAGGCGGCGAGUCUCUGCCACAGGCCUUCCAAUACUCUCGGAGGGCUCUCUUUUGAGCAACCAGGAUCCAUGGCAACUGGUGCUUCAGGAUGUCUCGCUUGCUGCAGCGACAGUAACUCUGAUAGCGACUGUCAUGUUCGAGAGCCUACAAUUUGGUGGCCUUGUAUGCUUUGGCCUCAUCGACCGGAUCAUUGGUGAACACUGGAUGGAAGGGCAAGUUUUCGUGUCGUCAAUUAUCGGUGCUGUCAUGGUUCUCGUACAUUGCAUCAUGAAUGCAUCUCUUGUGCUCAUGGUCCGACGGCAAGGCGCGUUCUCCGCCAGUGCGGUACUUCCUUCUGCUGCAGUAUGCGCACGCCUGCUGGUCGAGUUUUCACUACCUCGAGCAUGGUUCUCAUCACUUUAUGCAAGCGCAGUCUAUUUCCUGAUUGACGAAAGAGAUCUUUUGCCCAACAUUCCCGCAAUGCAAACCCGAGGUCGGAUCAUACUGCGCUAUCUCGCAGUCAUCACGUUUACCACAUACAUCCUGUGGCAAUUAAGACAGCCCUUCCACGAUGACCGAGAUCUUCGAUACACCCACGCACACGCCGGAAAGAAUCUCGCAGUGACACCACCGCCGCAAGCCUUCGAUCCUCUCCAGUUGUCGAACACACAAGUACACCCCAUUGCCCAACUUGCUCACAACGCCGAAGCGACCUGGAAACGGACCUUACAAUCCCAGUCUCACACAAUCGAACAAGCAGUUACUGAAUAUAGGAGACGCUAUGGCAUUCCUCCGCCACCAAAUUUCGACAAAUGGUUUGAUUUCGCCAGACAUCGUGGAGUUCAGCUCAUAGACGAGUACGAUUCGAUCUACCAUUCUCUACUUCCGUUUUGGGGUUUGAAACCAGCCACCAUUCGGGGUCGUGCUCGAGAGGUCUUAGGUUUCGAGAAUAAUGCGAUCAUGGGUCUCCUCGUUCGUGAUGGGAAGGUGGUGCACGUCGAGGAGGGUUCCGAAUGGUUCCAGCAGGCCAUUGUUGGCAUGAUGGAGGAUUUCGUGCAGCACCUCCCAGACAUGGACAUUGUCCUCAACUUGAGCGACGAGCCUCGCGUAGUCAUUCCACACGAUGAACUUGAACGAUUGAUCAAAAGAGCUCAUCAAGGCGACAUAGCCGAGUCAAGUUAUAAUCCCUAUCCGAAAAAUGAAUUCGGUCCGCGGCCUGCUGAUAUGAGCAACGGCAAGCGUAUCGCUGAAGUCAAGACCACGCGUUUUAAUCAAUUCGCACAUCAGCCAACCUGGAUACCUUCGCGAAUGUCCUGUCCGCUUGACAGCCCAGCCCGCGCUCUUGACGAUUUGAAUGCCCACGACAACCUCACUGCUUACGCUUUGAGCGAGCUAGGGUUCAUAUAUAACCAGACCGCAUUUUCCGACAUUUGCAACUCGCCCUCAUUCGCAACAUCCCAUGGCUUUUUCGACAGACCAAAUGCAUUUAGCGUUGUGCAUGACCUAUUUCCGAUUUUCAGUCAAAGUAAGAUGUCUUCGUACCAGGACAUCACGUAUCCAAGCCCUUGGUACUGGUUUGGAAAGGUCACCUACACAACUUCUUCUGAUCCGGAAUGGGAAGAGAAAGAGGACAAACUUUGGUGGCGUGGCAGCACCACAGGUGGCUUCAGUCGUGCAGGAGGGUGGAAACGUCAGCAUCGUCAACAAGUCAUACGAAAGCUAAAUGCUCUUGACGAUGCCAAAAUCCUGCAAAAGCAGACCUUGCCUCGAGCAGAGAACGCACAGCAGAACGACAAGGACAGAUCGUUCUCUUCGAAUCCAGCGUGGUCUACCGUUGCCACGCCUCGUGCCUCUUAUCCAUCCAAACUCGACGCAUACUUUUCCUCAGUCGGUCAGUGUGAUGCAGGUGAUUGUGAUGCACAACGCGAGUUCUUUCACAUAGCGCCCGCCGCCGAGCAGCAAGAAGCGUGGAGGAGUAAAUAUCUUCUCGAUCUCGACGGUAACGCCUUCUCCGGCCGCUUCUACGCAUUCCUAAAGAGUCGCAGCCUCGUCUUCAAGAUGGCGGUGUUCCGUGAAUGGCAUAGUGACUCAUGGCUUAUUCCAUGGGUACAUUAUGUUCCCUUGAGCCUGCGAGGCGAGGAAAGCCUCGAGGCAUUGCGCUAUCUGGACAAGGACGAUGAAGGCCGAGCGCUGGCAAGGAAGAUGAGUCGAGAAAGCACGAAAUGGGCCGAAGCGGCGUUGAGAAAGGAGGAUUUUGAAGUGUGGCUGUUCAGAUUGUUGUUGGAGUACGGUAGAGUCCUCAACGACGACAGGGCGCAACUAGGCUAUGGUCCUACUGCUCGAACCGCCACUGGUUCACAUGAUGAUGCUGAACCGGAAAGACAUUGAGGGUACUUACUUUGCGAUUACCUCCGAUGAAGUCUAGGUGCAGUCAGAAACACCGGAUGUCGGUGAAAGAUAAUUUGGCCAGCACGCUGCUCGAGCCAUAGGCAUGAAUUAUCUGUACGGGACGACUCAACGACUUAUUAGAAGCGUAUGAUCAUGCCCACGGAGGGGACAUUUCUAACUCCAGCCAUGGAGUGGAUACAAAUAUGGCGUCAAGGAGGGCAAGCAUACAUAUAGAAGCAUGAUGAUGAAUCGUUCAGCACGAUCACAAAUUUAAUGGCAUUUUUAGCAUACGCGU